AUGCCUUGGGAAGUAUCUCAAAGCGGUCGUAGAAAACAAAACUUUGGACCAAAGUGUAACUUCAAAAAGCGUCGUUUGUCAAUGGGAAAUUUCAAUGGUUUCCCAUUAUCCACAAAGUUUGUUCAAGAUCGUUUUGAUCAAAUUCCAAUUAUGAAAGAUUAUUUUACAAUAGAACAGUGUUCAUUGGAAUACAGACCAGAAACGGGUGCAUCAAUUGAUCCUCAUGUAGAUGAUUGCUGGAUUUGGGGUGAAAGGAUUGUAACAUUAAGCUUACAAUCUGAUACUGUACUUACUUUAACCCCACACAACAUCAAAUAUAGUAAUCAGUAUAACAUAGACUAUAUACCUAAUGUUGAGUAUUUGCCUAUUCCAGUAAAUCGUGUUAAUUAUCCAAUUGAUGUUGUGCGAAUAUUAAUGCCAAGAAGAUCACUUUUAGUUUUACAUGGAAAACCUAGAUAUUUAUGGGAACAUUGUAUACUCAGAGAAGAUAUUCAUGAAAGAAGAUUGCUAAAUAUUCAUAAGUUGUUGUAUAAAGUAGCAUACUAA